AUGGCUGUCUCAAGUGCCAUGCUCGUGCUAGGCUUAUCCCUUGCCUUAGUCGGUUUUUCAGCUGCUCAAGCGCCAUCAUUACCUCCAACAUCAAAUGCAGCGCCACCCUCCACCUCCGCUACACCUCCACCUACGGUUGCAGUUCCUCUGCCAACCUCUCCUGCUCCCAGCAUUGCUCCCCCCACUUCAUCAGCUCCGGUAUCCCCUCCUCCUCCUGCUGCUCCCAGCACUACUCCCACUAUUGCUCCCCGGUAUCCCCUCCUCCUCCUCCUCCUCCUCCUCCUUCUCCUCCUCCUCAUGCUCCAGCACUACUCCCAGCAUGGCUCCUACGGCAUCCCCUCCUCCUCCUCAUGCUCCCAGCAUGGCUCCCACCACUUCAUCAGCUCCGGUAUCCCCUCCUCCUGCUCCAGCACUACUCCCAGCAUGGCUCCCACCAUUUCAUCGGCUCCGGUAUCCCCUCCUCCAACGUCUUCUCCGAGUCCAAGUCCAUCCAUGAGCUCCCCACCUGCGCCUGCACCUGAAACGCCAGCCUCUCAACCAGCUCCUAUGGGGCCAGCAUCUCCACCAUCUCCAGCACCUGCUCCCUCCACCACCACCACCCCUCCUCCCCAGAUUCAGAUUAAAUAA